AUGGCAGCACGCCUUGAAUUUCUCUCCGACCUGAACCCUCCAUCCCUCGAGCGGACCUGGUUGACCGCGCCGCACCCCACCCUUCCGAUUGUCGCAACCUGCAGUUCAGACAAAACCGUUCGAGUCUACUCGCUGACCAACUUCCGGCUGCUCUCGACUAUAUCCGGUGGGCAUAAACGCAGCGUGCGCACCGCUGCCUGGAAACCGCACGUGCAAGGCGAAAGCGUCCUGGCCUCGGGCAGCUUCGACGCUACCGUGGGAAUAUGGCGCCGAUGGGACAGCUAUGGCCGUGACGAAGCGGACGCAGAAGAGCCUGUGGAUGACAAUGGUAACCCCGACGCCGCUGCCGACGACGAGGACGAAGAGUGGCGGUUUGCCGUUCUUCUCGACGGGCACGAUAGCGAGGUCAAAUCCGUGUCGUGGUCCCCGUCGGGGAUGUUGCUGGCAACAUGCUCGCGUGACAAGUCCAUCUGGAUCUGGGAGGACCUGGAUGACGGCGACAACAACUUCGAGACGGUGGCCGUCAUGCAGGAGCACGAGGGCGACGUGAAAUGCGUCGCCUGGCACCCGGUCGAAGAGUGCCUGGCCAGCGCUAGCUACGACGAUACCAUCCGGUUGUGGCGGGAGGAUAUCGACGACUGGGGUCAGGUGGCCUGCAUUAAGGGCCACGCCGGUACCGUUUGGUAUCUGGAUUGGGAGGGGGUCGACAAUGUCCCGUCAUUCGCAGGGGCGGCGCUGCCGGCGCUCGCCUCCCAGUGGCAGAGUCAACACGCGCUGUCGGGGCCCCGUCUCGUCUCGUGCUCUGACGACCGAAGCGUCCGCAUCUGGCGGCGACAGCCGAAAGAGCAGCAGACCCAGCCGCCAUUCGGGGGCGCCGGCAUGCCCAGUAUCAUCCGGCCGACGGGCACCGAUGAGACCUGGGAGGAAGAAGCGGUCCUGCCGUCGAAGCAUGAGCUCUCCAUAUACGCCGUGGCAUGGAGCAAACGGACCGGGCUUCUUGCAUCAGUGGGCGCGGAUGGGCGCAUCCUCGUAUAUAAGGAGAGGUUUGUAGCCACCACAGAUGCCGAUCUUCCCAGUGACGACGCCGGUGUGUCCGCCCCCAGGACGGAGUGGGAGGUAAUUGCGGUGGUCGACGGUGCGCACGGAAUCUACGAAAUCAACCAUGUCGCCUGGGCCAAGCGUGCCGAUCGAAGCCGAGAGGCAGGCCAAGAGAAAGAAGUCCUGAUCACCACCGCCGAUGACGGUAGUGUCAAAGUUUGGACAGUUGGCAACUAA